GCUAAGCUAAACAGCGCGUUCACGUUCUUGCUCGUAGUUUUGUGAUUUUAUUUUUUCGCCUUUGUGUCUCUUCGUUCAGCCCGAAGACUGAAGUCUGAGGUGUCAGUGACUCGGAGCAGCGCGCGUUUUUAUUGAUCUGCUUUCUGUUCGCAGCACGACAGUGUGUCCAUGCGGCUGUGUCUCAAUCCGCACCCUCGUUCACUACAUAGGGCGCUACAGGCUAUUUUGUGUCGUAUUAACGAAGCUCCCUAGUUUAGGGCUCAUGCAAGUAUUUGGGACCAGGCAGCAAUAUGGACCCUAGUGUUCAUUACAUAUAAAGCGAAACCUGCUGUUUAUUUAAAAAAAGAUUCGUUUUUAACCUUUUAUUUAAAAAUACUUUUGUGUAGCUUUUUAUUUUUAUUGAUAUAUAUUUAUUUAUUGAUCGAUUGAUUUGCUUGAUUUUCAGACCCAAACAGUAGAUUGUUAGCCGGACGGCUGAGUUUUCGAGCCCUGAUGCACCACAAAUUAGCAGCGAAACGGAGUUAAAAACCGCAAACAAACAAGAACCGAAAACACAAAACCGGUCACGGUUUCGGUUACAAAUCUAACUCCAGCUGAUGAAUUAUCGAGUUAACGCGCAAAAUAAAGCUCAAACUGACGCGUUUUACAGCCGGAUACAGAACAAAGAGGCUGUUAGCAUGUCGGCUAACUAUCACUAACGGCGUUAUUAGCUUCGUGCUAACUGACUAAAAUUCGGUGUCUGAACUCGACACUUGACUUACAGCUUGUUUCUGUUUAUCCUUCGUUUGUUAACAUUCGCGUUAGAUUUCUAUAAUCAUUUACAUUAGUGUUUAACUUGAGCCCUGUUCGGACUGGAUCAGUUCACACACACACACACACGCUCUGAGGUUGCAGGUUCGAGAUGUCUUACUCGUCACGCAGUUCCCUGGACUGUAAGGUGUACGUGGGUGACCUUGGCAAUGGCGCUGCGAAGGGUGAGCUGGAGCGUGCCUUCAGCUACUACGGGCCUCUUCGGAGCGUCUGGGUGGCACGGAACCCUCCUGGCUUCGCUUUUGUGGAGUACGAAGACUCCAGAGAUGCAGAAGAUGCUGUAAAGGGCAUGGACGGAAAAAUGCUCUGCGGGGCUCGCAUCCGCGUCGAGAUGUCAAACGGAAUGUCCCGGAAGUCCCGCUUCGGUCGCCCGAGCCGCAGGCAGUUUGAUCCAAAUGACCGCUGCUACCAGUGUGGAGAGACGGGUCACUACGCGUACGACUGUUAUCGCUACAGCAAGAGAGGUGGCAGACGCAGCAGGUCUCGCUCUCGGUCCAGGUCUCGUGGUCGGCGCCACCACUCUCGCAGCCGCAGCUAUGAGAAGCGAUAUCGCUCUCCAUCCUACUCCAGAAAGAGGAGCAGGUCGGCGUCCCCAGGUCGCUCCAGAUCCCGAACCCCAGUUCGUCGCUCUCGUUCCCCGGUGCGCCGUUCCAGAAGUCCUGCCAGGAGGUCCAGAACCCCAGUCCGCAGGGCCAGUCGUUCGCGUUCUCAUUCACGUUCCCGCUCCGGCUCCCGACAGAGAGUGCGCAGCGCGUCCAGAUCGAGAUCCAGAUCUCAUUCUCGCUCCAUAAGCAAGAAAAGAGACAGCCGUUCUAGAUCCAUCAGCCCGAGAAAGAGCCCAACACCAGACGCUGACUGAUCGGAUCGUCGACCCCUCUUCAUCUCACCCCCCCACACCUCUUUCAACUGAUGAACCUCCAUCGAUUGGUGUCCUUUUCGCUCAUGUUUCAUCGCAGUCACCCUUCUUUCAGUUUCAUACAUCUACACAUGUCCGUCUCCGCUCUCCGGCUCUCCUCUUUGCCUGUGUUUUUUGUUUUACAUCACGAGUUUCCCUUUCCAUUUUAAAAACUUAUUCUUAAAAUGGUUUUAAGCCAUUGUUUUUAGUUUCAGGCCCGAGACUGUGGUUUGUAUUGAAUGGGACAGUCAGCAGUGUCGGGAUUGGAAAAAAGGAUGAGCCGUAAUUGGGUCAAAGCUUGAAGUUUUGUUUUUUUGUUUGUUUUUUUGGUUUCCUCCCCCUGCUAUGAAAAUGCCAGUGGUCUUUUUAAUAAAGUGAGUCUUUACACAUCA